GGCGACGGACAGUGAGUUAUCUAGCCUUCAGUCGAUACCCUGAGGCCGACAGGUGAACGUGUGUCGAUCUGCACGCGGCCUCCGCCUCAGCACAUGAGUUUCUUCUGAGCCGAGAACCAAGGAGUGUCGACGAGGUCUGCCAUGGCGUCCCUGGGAAUGAAGUGCGUCCUCCUUCUGUGCCUUUUCCUGGCGAAGGACGCUGAGGGAGCGUGGCUGGGGCCGGAAGCGGCGGAAAGUCUGCUGGCGAGGAAUUCACAACUUCAGGACGCGGCGGAUUUCGUCCCGGAGUCACGCCGAUACAUUGGUCACUGCGACACCAAAAAUAUCUUCAUGAACCCCGGAUACUCCCGAAACGUAUGGUCGUAUGGCUACACCUAUCUCCAGCAACCGUACUUGGCCGAUUGCUAUAUGAAACAUGUCUACAACACGAAGGUGUAUACGGACCCCUUCUGCAAGUUCGGCUUCCAAGUGACGGGCGUGUUCGAGAGCCACCCGCUGCCCUAUACCACCUGCUUCGACACGGACUACAUGCUCUUCAACGACAGCGACGGAAACUCUGCCAUGUAUUGUGGCGCUUCUAGUGUAAUCAGUUGGGCAACCCCGCAGGAUGAGUUUGAGCUGAUAUUUUCCACGAAAGCAGACAGCCCACGGGGUAGAGGGUGGAAGAUCAAGAUUGAGAGCAUCAAGUUGUGUGGAGGCGCCAUCUACACGGCCGACGGGCCCUCGGGAACUCUGCAAACCCCGCUGUCGUCUGGCUUGUACCCUAACAACUUUGCGUGCACUUGGUACUUCCAGACGACGGACCGGACCUCGGUGAAGAUCGGCUGCGACACCUUCUCCCUCACUGACCCGAUCACCUACCCGAACGGCACCUCGUAUUGCCUGGACUUCAUCUCCUUCACCAGCGAGAACCUCUUCUCCACCGAGAUGACCCGCUACUGCUCGGACGCGCUGCACGACUACAACUACGUCGUCUACAGCGCCACCACGUCUCUGCUCGUGCAGUUUCGUUCGGACGAGACUGACCAGGACACUGGCUUCGUUUGCAAUUACGAGUUCAUCCAGCAUGCCAAUUAGGGAUUCGAAACAGGGAAUCAUGAUACUUCGAGCUUUCCUAUUUGCGAACUUCAUUAUUUUUUGUUUAGCUUUGUUUUUUGGUUAGUGAAGGAGCAUGGUAUUCAGAUACAAUUUGUAUGAAAACGAAGCCACUUCUCAUUUGCCCACGCAUUAAGACAAGUCGGAAGAGCGACAAUAUUGGUGAUUAUUUUACAUUUUAUGAUGUUCUGAUUACCCUCUCUGAAUAUUCAUAUUCACCUGUUGUUUAUGCUGGGCAGAAAAAUGAAUGAUGGCUAAAUAUAUUAAAGGCAAGAAGAUAUACAUUGUUGAUUAACUCUUUUACAAAUUCUUCCUCUCUUCUCCUUUUCCCUCUAUUUCCCGAUCUGUUAAUAUUCACCUAUUUCUAUCUCAUUUUCCUCUCUAUUCCUUCAACAUUACUUUCUUCCCUUUGAAUUAUUACUUCUAAUAGCAAAUAAUUAACACAAGUCAUUACAUGAAAGAACAUCAGGGAAAUUUAAUACCUUGCUGUGUGUGAAGGUCAAAUAAAUUUAUAAGGCUGGUU